UGGAUGAUACGAACACUUGCUUCUUCUGAUACUUAAGUUUUUACCCUCAUGGUAGCUACACUGGGGGAGAUAAAACAACUCUUUGAGAGUUACUUUCUUGCCGCGGAGGCCUGGAACGGUUUUCUCCUGGGGAAAAUGUGGAUCGUUGAGCAGUGGAAUCGGCCGAGAACGAAGUCGAGAUGCAUCUUCUGCGGCAUCCAUCUCUAUAUCCGGUUGUUCCAUCUCCAUAUCUUCAUGAUCGUCAAUGCCAGCGUUUUGGUGUCGGAUGUGCUCAACAUUCUCGUUUUCACUGGUUCCAGAUUCAAUAUCCACGUCAUCAUCAUCAGGAAUUCCAUCAAGUAG